AUGGGUUUGAUCCGUGAUCGGAAGUCUCACCAAAACUUGGACAUGAGUGAAUUUCAUAAUUAUAAUUUUGAAAUGCCAAAGUUUGAUACCUCUUCACAAUGUCAAAGGCAAAAAACUCCACUAACUACAAACAAAGGCAGAGAAAAUCCAUCUCCAUUUUUUCUUUGUUAUUUCAUUGCUGGAGCUAUGGGAAUCCGUUUCAUUGUUAUGGCAUCACUAUGGAGUAUCAUAGCCAUAAAUUCUUUAUUCAACCAAGAACCUACAUUUUCUUUGAAUGAAAGUUACUGUGGCCCAUGUCCUAAAAAUUGGCUAUGUUACAGACGUAACUGUUACCAAUUUUUUAAUGAGAGCAAAAGUUGGUACCAGAGUCGAGCAUCAUGUGAGUCUCAAAAUUCCAGCCUCUUGAAGAUAUACAACAGAGAAGACCAGGAUUUCCUUAAAUUGGUGAAGUCCUAUCACUGGAUGGGACUACUGCGAAGUCCCGCAAACGGAUCCUGGCUGUGGGAAGAUGGAUCACUUCUAACACCUAACCUGUAA